AUGUGGUUGGGGACGGCUUCUUCCUUGUGUCUGCUUGCCUUGCCCCUCGUGGCUCUUGCGCAAUCAGUAGUCUACACUACCGACACAAACGGCUAUGCGUACACUACAACUAUCUACCCUUCAGAUAGCAGUUAUGAUUCAACGACCACCACUUCCUCCUCUUAUUCAACCCCAACCAGCGUUCCGGCCAUCCAGACUGUACCAUAUACAGGCCAGGCCCUGCUCAUCGGAACAUGCAAUGUCGCUCGAUUUACCCUCCUGAGAUUCCCUGACGGCGGCACGGUCGAAGUCCCACUCGUGGGCUGUUCCGAUGACCGGCCAGAAUGCUGCCCUUCGUUGAACUUUACACAUGUUGAGCCAGAAGACACAAGUUCUUCUCCGUCGGCCACGGAGUCGAACGAUGAAGACGACGGACAUGAAUCUACCACAUCUUGGACAGGCACAACUCCCAGUCCGACUCCCACGGGGAUCGUCUCAAUGCUGAGCAACGCUCCUCUUACCAUCUGUCCAAGUGAUAUGGUUGACAUCGACCCGGUCUGCUGUCCGAUUGGCUUCACCACAUACGGCCAGAGCAUUAUUGGUAACCUCCCCUGUGUGAGCACUCUCACCACGACAAUCUCGCCCGGUUCGGAUGUGCUGGCAUCCAUAACCUCGAUGGUAUCGGCUUCUCUAGUCGCAGAAUCGGCAACGACGACUCCGACUGUGAAUGUCAUUGUGAAUCAAGUGUGGGCCCUGGGCCUUCCCUGCGCUGACGACGAAGAAGGCGAAGAGGAAGAAGAUCACACCCAUCUAAGCACGGGUGCCAAAAUCGGGAUUGGGGUGGGCGUCGGUGUGGCUGGUCUUCUCAUCAUCGGCUUCCUCUGGGCUUGCCUCGCCGUCCGCCAUCGCCGACGGGCAAAGAUGCGGAAACUAGAAGCCGCCAACACCGCAGCCGGCGGACCAAUUCGCCCCGAGUCCGGGGCUUAUGCGGCGGCACAAGAGAAUCCUAAACACAUGUCGGUGGCAACGUCAAUGGGAAGUCCAAACAUGAUGCACCAACAGCAGCAGCAGCCGCCGUAUGGCUCGCCCACGCACGGAUUCAGCCCGGCAUUCGGGUACACGGCGCCGCAGGCCCAGCCGCCGCAGAUGAUGCAGGUCCACGACGCCUAUGGCCAUCCGUACGGCAUCCAGGCCGUCGGCCCAGGAUAUCCGCCGAUGGGGUACCCGCAGAGCCAAUCACCACCGCCCCCCUUUUACCCCUCAGGAGGCAGUUACGGUCAACAAGGGCAAUACAAAGAGGCGCCCGCCGAGGUCGCUGGGGAUGACGUCCGCCAUCUCUCGCCUCGUCGAGAAAGCAUGGGGUUGUCGGCCAGCGACACGCGCAGCCAGGUCACAUCGACCACCGCGGUGGGCAGUUCGCAAGCAGGCGUCGAGCCGAAACCGCCCGCGGAGCUGAGUUCGCAGGGCAAUCAGGUGUAA